GAUCAGGUUAUUUUCGAUGAAAUGAAUUCUAGUAAAAGUGUCAAUAAAGUACAAACCCGGCGUAAGCCCUUAAGUGAUAUAUCGAAUUUCAUAGCAAAAACUAUAGAAAAUAAAGAUAAGCAUAGUAAGAAAGGGAAAUGUAAGCAAAGGUUUGGCAAUAAAAAUAGGUUAACUACUAAGUUUGGGGAUUCCGCCCCAGGUUUUGUUCUCAAGCAAUUGCAAGUUUCUCUGAAUAGAGUACCGGAAAUAUCACAAAAUAAAGCGCCUUUUAUUUCCAAAGAACUAAAAGUUAAUAUUAAUCGGCUACUAGGUACAUACGAAAUUAAUGAUACACAACCAGAUCUACAUAUUUCAAAGUUUAAAGGGAAGGGCAGCACAAGAAAAGAGCUGGCUGGUAUCACAGGUGCCUCGGAAUCGAUCGCGGUGCCAAAGGGAACCAACAAAAAGAAAAAGCGAACCAUAAAUGUUACAAGAAAAAAAACAUUGGAAGCAGUUAGAACUAAAUGCAUAGUUCCACCACAGUUUUCUAAAAGCACUGUAAAAUCUGAAUGUGAUGAUGUAGUUUUUUCAGUCUCUGUUGACCCUGAAGAUAGUGACAAUGAAGUGAUUUUCAAUUUUAGUGGUGAUAGUUUUGAAAAAGUUAAAGCGAAUAUCUCCAUUGUCAUACCAGAUUCAAAUAACACUGAUGAAGAUCAAGAGGUACAAGAAACGGUAAAAAAUUUAUCAGAAUUGGUCGAUGUUCCUGUAAGGAUAAAUAAAAUUUUCAGAAAAUUACCUCGAAAGAGUUAUGCUGAGGAAACACAUAACUCUAAAUCUGAGUCACUUACAGAACCCAUUAGAAAUGCCUUACCAGUUUAUAGACAAAUGUUACCUGAAACUGAAAAACUGACCAAUGAUGAAUAUGAAUUCAAUGAUUUUAGUCCAGACACAAGGAUUGGAAAAAGGAGAAAACCUAAGAGAUCUUCUUAUUUUUUUGAAAAAGAAAUUCAUGAAGUGGUAAAGAAUUUAGAAAAAAAGGAUUUGUUGCAAAAGCGUAAGGCUCAAAGGGAAGUAAUACGUAAAAUAACUAAACAGAAGAAAUGUAUUGCCAAAAAUGAAAAAAGUUAUGAUGGCAAAAUGAAGAAGCUUAUCACAAAUCUUGUCCAGAAAGUGAAAAAUCAAGAAAAACAUAAAGAGUUCAAAAUAACUUCUGAAGAUAGAGAUCAAGCUGUAGGUCAGAAAAUAAUUACUACGGCUAAAGUUCAUUAUACAGGUAACAAUAAAGAAACUCAUUCAAGGUGUGAAAAUAGGCAUCUCAUUUUAGGAUCAAGGCAAGAGACAAAGGAAAAUGGAAAUUCUGGACAGCGUGUUAGUGGUUUAAUUUUUUCACCUUGUAAUAAAAAUGAUGUCAAUUCAACUCAUGACGUGGAUAUUUCUGAUCAUAAUGAUGCACAUGAAGAAGAGGAUAUAGGAAGUUGUUUUGGAUUUGAUAAAGACUGUCAGAUUACCACUGAAAGGUGUCCUCAAAAUAAAGUAAAUAUUAUCAGUAAUGUAAUAGUAAAUUCAAGAAAAUCUACAGACUCCUCAGGAAGUUUUAGUAAUCAACCAAUAGCCAAUAGUACAAUGUUACCAGAACAUUGUGUGAAACAACCUGGAAGUCCUUGGAGAUUUGAUUUGAAUGUAAAAGUAAAUCCCCAUUUUCUGAGAAUAAAACAAAAUGCAUUACCUCAACUACAACAAGAUAUCAUUAUCAACCAUUCUCUAGCUAAAGAAUUUGAACAAUCUUGUGCUAAGACACCAAAUAAAGGCCCCAAAGCUUUAAGCAAUUCACCCAUUCAGCAAAGUAUACUUAAUUAUAUUGAAAAUAACUUAGACAAGGAAAAUACUCCUUUAAAAAACAGUUUAUAUGACUAUAAUCAAUUUGUCAGCCCAAUUAAAAAUCAAACCAAACCAAUUGAAAGACGCCAAGCCUAUAAAAAAAAUAUAUUAACAACUAAAAAUGAUAACCUUAUGAAUUUAAAAGGAAGUGACUCUGAAGAUAUUACCAACAUAACAUAUUUUGGAUUUAAUGAAACUGCAGAUGAAGUUUUAAAUGAGGAAAGCACAUCCAAAGAUCCUUCUGCAAAGCCGAGCAGAUUUGAUAUGUCAGCAAUAAAAAAAUAUCCACCAAAGAAGAAAAAAUUAAUGAAAAACGAUAUAAUUAAAGAUGCAGCGGUUUUGUCUAAAAACUUGGAAGAAAUUCCACAGGAGCAUAUCGAAGACUCCAAUAAUUAUGAGGUGCAUCUAUUUGAAGAUCCCGAAGAAAUUCUUGAUAGCAUGCCGCCGGAAAUUGGAAAGCGACAAAAAAGAAAAAGAAUUGAUUCAGAAACCAAUGAUGAAAGAAAAGAGCAAAAGCGUCAUAGAAAGACAAAAUUUGAGAUAGAACAAGAAAAUUGGAUUGAAACAUUCAACAAAGAAAUUGAGGAAACAGAAAAAUGCCAGUUGGAAUAUGACUGACUGGCCAGCCAUUAUCUUAAUAGCGCCAGUGUGUAUAUGUAGUUCUUGCUUUAUGUAAAUUUCAUGUUUUUUUUUUAAUAUGUAUUUUUUUAUAUUUUUAUAGAUAUGAAGAAUGAUCAUUUCCUGCUUUAUUUGUAGUUUAAUAAUAUGUAUUUAUUUUUUUUACUAUGUGUACAUGUACAUGUAAAUUAUUAUACCCUUAAUUUUUUGGUAAUUUAAUAAACAAACGAACCAAAAUAUUAUGUUAA